AUGAUCGACGACUUCUCCAUUCGACCCGCACCAGAUGCACGACCUCGGUCGGGAGUCGGGCGAGUCGGAUUAUGGGCAGUACGAUGCAGUAUUACCGACAUCAUCAACUUUUGGAGUCCUGGAGAUGAGAGGUCCCCUUUGACGUCGACGUGCCUUAGACUUUCGAGUUGGACGCAGCGCCAACGCACGAGUACAUAA